AGUAUGCUCCUGUUAUUUAUUUUCUUAAUCGAAAUCAAAUUUUGUGAGUUGGUACAAAAAUGUGAUGUUUCUGAAGUUUGUGAAACAAUGUAACAUCCUAUUGAUGCUAAGUUACAUUUUACUAUCCACUCACAUUUAGAACCCUUUUAAUCUUUCACCUUCCAUUAGUAUCAAGAAGGAAUUUAUAGUGAAAAGUAUUCUAAGACCAUUUGUGUAGAUUGUCUUUAUGAAUAAGUAAUAGAGACACUAGUGAAAUAUCCAGAUUUUACAUAUGUGAUAGGGGAGAUAUGUUAUUUCAGAGAGUUUUAUGAAAAAUAAAAUGAAACCCAGCAAAACAUUAUCAAGAACUUUAUACAAUAAGGUAGAAUAGAAAUAGUUAAUGGAGGAUGGGUAUAAAAUGAUUAAUCAAGUUCAAACUAUCAAGAUAUCAUUUUACAAUUACAAGUUGGCCAUUAAUGGGUUCAUCAAAAAUUUGAUUAAAUAAUCUAGACUGCUUGGAAUAUUGAUUCAUUCGGACAUUCAUAUACUUAGAGUGCACUCAAUUAUCUAUUUAAUAUGAAAUAACAAAUUAUAGAAAGAGUUGAUGUUAACGAUAUUAUAUAAAGAGUAAAGAAGGGGAAAUUAGAAUUUAUUCAACAUAUUCAACCCUAUGAUUAUCAAAUUCUAACACAUUUAAGGUUUAAAAGACAUUCUUAAGUUCACAUUAAUUAAUCGAAACUAAGUGAUAAUUCUUAAUGUAUUCAGCUCUAUAAUUAACUAAAGGAAUUUGAAUAAUUAAUAUAUUACUAAAAACAAGGAGGUCUUGGUAACAUAUUAUUUCAUUAUAGCGGUGAUACAUUCUAAUUGAUUAAUGAAACUAAUAUUGAAUCUUAGAAUUUGAUUAUGGAAUUCUAUGAAUUAUUUCAAUGUCGAAAAUUAUAAAUACUAUGGUCUACUCCUAAUUAAUUUUUUGAUGAUUUGAAAUCUUCCUAAUCAUUUACAUAGAUUUCACAUAAGUAUUCUGAUUUCCUUCCACACUUUGAAGAUGGAGUUUAUUACAAUGCCAUGUAUAUAACUCAUCCAUUAUUCAAAAAAUUUCUUAGAGUUGUCUCUUAUCAAUUAUAAGCAAUAAAUCUUUAUACAAUCUAACAUAAAUUAUUUUCGAUUUCUUAUUAAAAAUUAACAGAAUUAAUUGCAUUAUCAUAACAUCAUCAUGGGAUAUCAGCUACAGCUAGAUAUUAGGUAAUAGAUGAUUUAUAAGAAUAAAUUGAGAAUUCAUUUGAAGAAUUAAAAUAAAAAAUUAAUAAUUUUUCACAUAGUAAGUUUGAAUUGAUAGGGUAGUUAAAACAUACUUAUAAACAAACAAAAAGAAUUAUUUUGGAUUGUUCCUAAAACUCUAAAUGUGUAUUGGAAUAUUUCAUUAAAAAUCGAAGAUUAAAAUCUGUUAUUGUUUUAAUAUAUAAUCCUUAGCACAGUUAAACAAAAAUAAUUGAAUUAGAAAUUCCCUCAAGAAAUGCUCAAAUCUUAACUUAAGAUCUAAUUUUAAUUCCAGAUUAAUAAGUCAAAGUUAAUAAUGAGUCAAAUAUUUUGACAUUUUAAACAUAUUUUUAUGGAUAUAGUGAAUAAUAAUUUGUUUUAAAUUUUGAUUGUUCAAUAGAUUGUGCUUUUGUCAAUGAAUUUUAAUUGCAUUUAGAUUUAAGUGAAUAAAUUAAAUUACUAGAAAAACAAUUUUCACUAGGUGAGCCAAUAGAAACAAUAAGUUGGACAGAAAUUAUUUAAAAUGUAACAUUAGAAAUAUAGAGAUAAGGUAUUGAUUAUGAAUUCAUAUUCACUCACUUAAAUCAUUCAUUUUCUAUUAAAUACAAUUACUAUCCAAAUACAAAAUCACAAACUGAUAAACAUUCAGCAAAAACUCCUGGAAAAUCAGUACUUAUGAGCGAUUUUAAUAAUGGAGGACUAAUAUGUGAAUUUGAAAAGAUGUAUACAUUAAAAUCUACAAGUAUUUUCUAAGAAAUAAUCCUUUAAUGUGGUAAAAUCUAUACACUCAGCCUUCUUUUCACUGAAGAUGGAAUAGAAUUAAGAACUUAAAUGUAUGCAAAUACUCUUACUAUGGGUGAUUAUACAAUGAUGAUUACAUUCUAAAAUAUUACUUAAGAUUCUCAUUUUUAUACUGAUUCUAAUGGUUUGUAUCCAAUUUAGAGAGAAAGUUUCAAAAGAGAAGAUUAUGAACCAAUAUGUUCAGAAAAUGAUUAAAUAAAUUGCAAUGUAUAUCCAAUUACAGCAUAUGCAUUAUUAUAAUCAAAUAAUUAUAUUGCUGCUAUUCUUACAGAUAGAUCUUAAGGUGUUUUUAAUUUAAAUCCUUAAACCAUCGAAAUUAUUGUAGAACAUUUAGCUGGUGAUGAUGGACUUGGAGAAGCUUGUGCUAAGCGAAAUAAUCAUUAAUUUAGGCAUUUCAUUUAAUUUAAUCCUUAAUGUUUAAGAUGCAAAUGGAAUGAAUUUUUAUUUACAAGUGAUUUUAUACGUUUAAGUAAUGAAUUCUCUUCCUUUCCAUAUAAAUAAAUUAUUCAUUCCAGAUAAUUAAGAUUGUAAUUUUAGAGAACUAAUUUUGAUCAAAUUCUACUUUAUGCAGAAAAUCUACUUGAAGUUUUUGAUAAUACUUCAUUAACUAAUAAUAUGAUAUCAAUAAACUCAACUUUGAUUGAAGAUAUUUUAUCCAUCCAAAACAUUACUUUGUAAGAAACAUAUUUAAAUGGAAUUCCUUCGAAUUAAAAACAAUCUACUUUAGAACUCCUACCUCUAGAAAUAAGAACAUAUAUUGUGAAUUAGUGA